AUGCUGCAAGGAAAGAGCUUUACUAAUCCAUCCGACUCUGUGAAUACCGUGACAGAAUCUGACAAUCUUGCCCAGACUAUAGAUGCCAGCAACCUCAAACAGGACACUAUAGAUCUACUGCAUGGACUGACUCAAAGCAGUGAGAGAGAUGAUCAAGUAUUUGAUGUGCUGAUUGUAGGAGGUGGAGCUACUGGUGUAGGAUGUGCCUUGGAUGCUUGCACUCGCGGCCUGCGCACAGCCCUUGUUGAACGAGACGACUUUGCUUCAGGAACAAGUUCACGCAGCACAAAACUAGUGCAUGGUGGAGUGCGGUAUCUGGAAAAGGCGUUUAUGGAAAUGGAUUAUGAGCAAUACAAACUAGUUGUAGAAGCACUGCAUGAACGAGGAAUAUUCCUAAAGAUUGCUCCAUAUCUGGCUUACCAGCUGCCUAUUAUGCUGCCCAUAUCACAAUGGUGGAAGAUUCCGUACUAUUGGGUUGGUGCAAAGGCAUACGACAUUCUCGCUGGAAGUGAAGGACUUGCUCAUUCUUACUUUUUGACCAGAUCUCGUGCUUUGGAAGCAUUUCCUAUGCUGAAAAAGGACAGGCUCAAGGGUGCCAUUGUCUACUACGACGGCGCUCACAAUGAUUCGCGCAUGAACGUCGCUAUUUCUCUGACUGCAAUUGCACAUGGAGCUGUUGUGGCUAACCAUGUUGAAGUCGUUGGAAUCUUGAAAAAAGCCCGUGUGACAAAUGUCGGCAAGCAUGGAUUGGGCGACGAGGAAAUCUAUGGUGCUGUAGUAAAAGACACUCUCAGUGGAGAGUCGUGGACUAUCCGUACAAAGGGAAUCAUCAAUGCUACUGGUCCAUUUACUGAUGAAAUGAGGAAACUAGAUGGUGGAGUCAAUACUGAAAAGAUUGUUGCUCCAAGUGCGGGUGUUCAUAUUAUUUUGCCAAAUUACUACAGUCCACGAAACAUGGGUCUAUUGGAUCCAAGCACUAGCGAUGGCCGGGUGAUCUUUUUUUUGCCGUGGCAAGGUAGCACUAUUGCUGGAACAACUGACUCUCCUACAAAAGUUACAUCUGAUCCUACUCCAUCAGAUGAUGAUAUAAACUGGAUUCUCAAGGAAAUUGGAAACUAUCUCUCUCCUGAAAUCAAGGUCAGACGAGGCGAUGUGCUUGCUGCCUGGUCGGGCAUUAGACCACUAGUACGAGAUCCUAAUUCCAAAAAAACUGCUGCUUUGGUUCGUAGUCAUAUGAUUAAUGUAUCCCAGUCAGGACUAUUGACAAUUGCUGGUGGAAAAUGGACUACAUAUCGUGCUAUGGCUCAAGAGACUAUUGACAAGGCGAUUGAAAUCUUUGAUCUCAAACCGACCGGUCCGUGUAUUACCGAGCAUCUACAACUCAUUGGCAGCAACGGGUGGUCCAAAAAAAUGUUUAUCAAACUAAUUCAGCAUUUUGGACUUGAAACAGAGGUUGCACAACAUCUUUCUGAUAGUUACGGCGAUCGUGCAUGGGCUGUUGCUUCUUUAGCUGCUCAAACUGGCACACGAUGGCCAUUGUUUGGACUCCGAUUAGCUCCUGGAUAUCCUUAUAUUGAAGCAGAAGUUUUAUAUGCAUGUCAGCGCGAGUAUGCGUGCACAUUGGUGGAUGUCAUUGCUAGACGUACACGACUUAGCUUUUUGAAUGCUCAGGCUACACUCGCAGCACUUCCUCGAAUUGCUGAAAUCAUGCAAGCAGAAUUGGGUUGGGAUACUGAUCGUCGCAAUAAAGAAAUUGCCAAUGCGACACAUUUUCUUACAAGCAUGGGUCUUACAAUCAAAGACAAAAACAUGUUUCCAGCAGAUGGUAGCAAACCCCUCAUUUCAAGUUUAUCGCAAGAUCAGGCCCGCUUUUUUGCUCGUACACAUUUUCUACCAAGCGAACUUGCUGCCUACCGCCAAGUCUUCAACACUCUUGACGUAGAUAAAGACGGCAGCAUUUCACAAAGUGAUUUUGGCACAGCUAUGGCCAAGCUUGGUGAACACAUGAGUAAAGAAGACUUGCUUGCAGCAAUUGAGGAAGUUGACUUGAAUCACAGUGGAUCGGUUGAAUUUGAAGAAUUUUUGGAGGUGCUGGCUGCUGUCAAGGAUAUACGGAGUCGGUCUAGAUUUGCCAAGAUUGUUGCUCGUGUUCAAGAGCGUGAACAAUUUCCAACUGAUCGAAGUGGUGGUGGUGUUUAA